AUGAAUUCUUGUGCUUUUAAUUUGUUUUUAGUUAUUCUGCUUUCUUGUAUUUUUGCACAAAUUAUAACUAUAAAUGCUCGUCGUCAUAAACCUCAUCAUUCCAAAUGUCCAGAAUGUUGUGAAGCUCCCGGUAGUGCUGGAUGGACCAAUUUAGUUCGUCCUGGUGGUAGCGUACAAAUUACAAAUGAUACAUCCGCACAAAGUUGUUGUGAAUCAUGUGUUGCUGAUCUGCGUUGUGCACAAUGGGCCUUUCUUGCCACUAUAUGUCAACAUAAUGUGCCUCCAAUACAUCCACAAACAUCAGAUUCUCAGCCACCAAUAUCAGAUAAUAGCGAUAGUCCUG